ACUAACAAAAUUUUAUGUCCUGUACAGGUUAUUGUGAGGAUGAGGAUGGAGAAGCCAAUGUUGGUGUUGGUGGCGGUGUUGGUGGUCGCCUGUAGCAAGCCAGUGAUGGGGCUCAAUGACAACUCCACUGAUGACCUUCUCCUCGCUGACCUGCUGUGGCCGGAACUUGGCUUCCACAACCGCAACUGUCGGGAGGUACAGGAUCACGGCCACCGUAUCAGUGGGGUCUACACCAUCUAUCCCUAUGACUGCUGCCCCCAGCGUCCUGUCCGUGUCUACUGUGACUUGGACACAGAAGGAGGUGGCUGGACAGUCAUCCAACGAAGGGAAGAUGUGCUCCCGCAGGAAGAUUUCUACCGCACGUGGAUGGAGUACGCGCUAGGCUUUGGCAACAUCUCCGGCCAGUUUUGGCUGGGACUCGACCACAUCCACGCUCUCACCGACCAAACAUUUAACCAGAUACGGUUUGAUUUAACAGACUUUGACAAUGACAAACGGUGGGCCCAGUACCAGUUCUUCUACGUGCACGACAGGACCGCCUUUUACAAGCUGGAAGUUAACGGUUACACUGGCAACGCUGGUGACUCCUUCACAUAUGGAAACCUCAACAAGUUUUCCACGAAAGAUGUGGAUCAUGACAAUAACGCAGGCAGCUGUGCAGUAACGUACCUAGGAGCUUGGUGGUACAACAAAUGCCACGAAUCUAACCUCAACGGAAGGUAUCACGGAGGCACACACUCGUCUAGAGCUGAUGGUGUCAACUGGAAGAGAUUUCGAGGUUAUUAUUACUCCCUGAAGACGACAGAGAUGAAGAUCAGGCCUGCUUACUGACACUUCUGUUGACUCACUGCAAAAGGACAAAACAUUAUUGAAGUUUAUAAUUAAAAUAAAGUAACAAAGAUCUCACUCAGACGGGGUUUUAUAA